AAGAAGCGUUCACUUUUGUCAAGUCUCGAGGGCAAGCACAUACGCGCUAUCUUGGCAGAGGGUCAGUCACCGAUAAACCAGUAUCAGCGAAGUUCCUUUUAUUAUCCAACAUGCUGUCAAGGCUUUACUCUUAGCCUCGCCUUGAGCGUCUAGGAUUCUUCAGCAGCCAUGGCCGCGCGCACUGGGCAAGAGGCGCGCACGGGCCUUGGCUCGCGCACAGUAACGCGCAACCUUAGCGCCAGCGGCGAGCGAAAUGACGGCAAUGCAAUGAUGAGCGAUGAGAUUCGCUCGGAGGUCCGCCGGAUUGUGCCCGCGCUGACGGAUGACCGUUACAAGGGCCAGUCAGGGAAGAUCGCGGUGCUGGGCGGCUGCGCGGAGUACACGGGGGCGCCUUACUUCGCGGCCUUCGCAGCGCUGGCGGUGGGCGCAGACUUGUCGCACGUGUUCUGCUCAACGUCGGCGGCGCCCGUCAUCAAGCAGUACAGCCCCGACCUGCUGGUGCACCCCUACUUCAUGCAGACGGCGGACCUGCUGCAGCAAAUGCGGGCUUCUCCGCCGGCAUGCGGGUCCACGGGCGACGCCCAGCAGGACGCCGCCGCCGCACAGGCUGCGGCCGCUGCGGCGCAUGUGGCGGAGGCCACGGCGGAGGUGGAGGGCUGGUUCAACCGCCUGGACUGCCUGGUGGUGGGCCCGGGUCUGGGCCGCGACCCGCUGCUGCUGGACAUUGCGCGCAGUGUGAUCCUCAGGGCUCGGGCCUGCAAGAUCCCGCUGGUGCUGGAUGGCGACGGGCUCUUCCUGGUGGCCAGGGAGCCGGACCUAGUGGCGGGCUACACCAACUGCGUGCUGACGCCCAACCUGAACGAGUUCCGGCGGCUGGCCUCCACACUGGGCGUCAGCCUGCACGGCCCCAACAACGACCGCAGCAGCAAGCUGGUGGAGGUGACGGCGCACCUGCGGGGGCCCACGCUGGUGUCCAAGGGCCCGGUGGACGCCAUAUGCGACGGCAAGGUCACCAUGAUCUGUAACGCCAGCGGAGGCGCCAAGCGCUGCGGCAGCCAGGGCGACAUCCUGGCCGGCACCAUCGCCACCUUCAUCGCCUGGACGCUGGCCUUCCUAGACAGCGCGCGGCAGAGCGCCGAGGUGGAGGUGGUCAUACUGCCCGAGAUCAACCCCAUGGUGCUGGCCUCCUACGGCGCCUGCCUGGUGACCCGCACCGCCGCCGCCUACGCCUUCGCCUCCCGCAAGCGCGCCAUGGUGGCCAGUGACAUGCUGGCGCAGCUGGGCAGCGCCAUGGAGAUGCUGUUCGACUCGGCGGGUGGAGCGGGCGGCGGGGCGGGUGCCGGCGUGGCCACGGGGGGCGGCGGGCAGGGGCAGGGCAUCAUGCAGGCGCACACAGCGGCAGGCGGCGGGGGCGGCGGCUCGUGAGUAUGGAGCGCGGAUGCUGUAAAAUGCGUGACCUGAUGGAAAAGGCAGUUGGGCGGGGCUUCGCACUUGGUUACGUGUGAGGCUGCCGAGGCUAGUGGUACAUGACAUGUGACGCACUUUAUUCAAGGUGGUUGGUGCGCGUUUGGUGUGGAGCCUGGACGAGUGGGACAAGUACUAGGGGGGAGAAGGGUGAGCUGAAUGCGCUGUUGCAGAUGCGCUGCACUGCUUGGGGUAUUAGCGUGAGCGCUAUGCAUAUGGGGUCGUAACGCACUCGUACACGCGGCCCGCUGCAAGAGCGAGGCGCGUACAAUGAUAUGUCUUUACGCAUAUCUAAGUUAGCGGGGUACCGGUACGCGGGGUGCUACCAGAUUAGGUUAACUUGGACCACAAAGGUUGUGUGAUUCAGGCCAACACGGAUACGGACUAUGUGGGGUGUGCUAGCGGUGUCGUCCCGCGUCCUGGCUCUUCAGCCAAGGCAGGGGAGCGGGUUGUUUGUGUACGGCUCACCGCGAAAGGGGUGGACAUGUGCCCGACCAGUCAUACACCCGUCCAUGCCCGCGUACGUGGGGGCUGAGUGAACGCUGAGAG